AUGGGAACAAAAAGUCUUCCAAGAUUGAUUGACGAAAAGAAAAAAUUGGGCAAAGGAGUGUCGCCUAAACGUAAAGACAUAUACAUUCAGACUCGAACUCGUAAAGAUGGGACAAUUGUCAAUGAAAAAGCUGCAAGAGAAGAACUAAAGAAACAUAAUGAGGCUGAAACAUCUCAAUCAACUCAAAACACGCAAAGGCAUACAUCUUGGAAUGAAGACAUAUUCUCUAAAGUGCAAGGACUUGAUAAAAGGGGGCGUAUCCGCUGCAUGGGCAAGAUUCCAAAAUGUAAAAAAAUAAAGGCUUCCUCAUCUGAAAAUGAAGAGCUACGUGAUCGAAUGAAGCAUAUGGAAAACUUGUUGACAAAUGUGUUGACACUAAUUCAAAAUCGACUUCCUGGAGAAGAUCUUAAUGAGCGUAUGGAUGCUGCAAGACGGGUUUCAGAUGCUUCGAGUGCCCCGAACCAUUUGAAUUCUCCAAGUUCAAACGCUAAUGAAGAUGAUGAAUAUGAUGAAGAUGCUGAAGAUUAA